GCCCCCCUUGUCCCCCCCUCUCCUGUUAACAAACGGGCCUGCUGCAGCUGGUCGUCGCCGUGGCAACCGGUUCUUUGUGAAUCGCUGCAGCGACGAAGCCCAGGUACUUGAGGCGUCCACAAUGCCGCCUGCUGAAUGCAUCCCUCGUUUUCCCAACUGGAGAAUGCAGCGUUCCGGACCCAACCCCCCACCGGACCCGGCCCGGCCCGGCCCGAGCCACUCUGAAAACCCAACGGCUGACGGUUCCAAAUGUUUCUACAGUCAAACUGAAUGUUGGGAAUGUUCUUACAAUAAAACCCAAAUAUUCCUGGAACCGGUCCUGAUUCUGUUCUGUUCCCUGCAGAUUCCAGGCAGAAUGCGCCGCAGCGUCCGCCGCCAUCCUUCAGCAGCGUUCCGCCGCCGUUCCCCAGGCAGGCAGCAGCAGCCGUACCGCGGCGGGGGCCACGGCUGGGACCGGACCCUCCAGGCUCAGCAAUCUGCGUACCAGCAGAACCUGAACCGCGGCGGGGUGGGACCGGGCGGCUACCAGCAGCGCUACGACCAGCGCCGGGAAGACUGGGGCGAUCGCCGUGACAACCGGGGCCAGCAGCAGGCCAGAGGAUUCCCUCUUCCUCCUCCAUCCAGACAUAUCCACUGGAAUAACUGAAUUUUCCAGGAUGGGAAAUUUUUUAAAAUAUUUUAAUUUUCUCUGUACAAUAUUUUCAUCUUUUUAAAACCAGCUUGUAAAACGUGAUGUUGACGUUUUGUUUCUGAGAGAAAAUUGUGGAAUAAAACAAAUGUUGCUGGGAUUAAA